CGAAGACCUUUUCCUUAUGAACUUUUCCAUAAGACCCACACUAGGAAAGGCACCUCCGAUAUGGUUGAUUCACGAGCGCAAUCAAUUAAGGAUGCAUUUUUGGCGCUUAAGGAGCAGUCGUCUCAACCACAAGAGGGGUGCAGUGACCCUCCUAUUGUAGAUGAGGUCGCACUAUAUUAUCAAGUUGUGGGGGGGGAGAAGAAGAACAGGGUUUAUGGCAUUGGAUCUCAAGCAUCAAUUUUUUACCCUAGCUCAUCACAUGGAUCAUCUUCUACUGCAUCCUAUUGUGCUCAGUCAGAGGCAAUGCAGGAAGAGAUUCAACAAUUGCAUCAGACUAUUGCAACGCUCAAGGAUAGUUUGGUUGCAAUGGAGGAGAGAGAUCGACAACGCGAGUUGAUGCUAGAGGAGAGAUAUAGACAACGUGAGCAGACAUUGGAGGAGCGCAUGCAACAAAUGAUGCAAAACAUGAUGUCACAAAUGAUGCAGGGUACGCAGUUUACAGCCCCAACUCCACAUGCGACUCAUCAAGAUGAUGGUAGAGAGGCUGAUAGUGGUGAUGAGUGAUUAUCUUGUUGAUGACAAGUAGCUUGUUUUUUUGUUAUUAUGAUAUUUUAUUUUUC